GAACUAAAUCGUGCACAAACAUCACUACGUCAUGUGAUAAUAAUUUGAUAAAAUUCUGGUGUCUUCCUUUGUUCAAGAACAUUCGCAACGUGAUAUAAAAUGUCCCAUUUGACUAUUAUAGCUUUAGUCGCAACUGUAAAUCCUUAGCACCAACAAUGCAGGCAAAAAAAAUUUUAUUAUUGAUAGCAAUUGGAUUACUAUUCUUGGAAUGCAAUUGCUGCGACGGUGGAGGAAAGAAAGCUGUUACUAAGAACACUUUUGAUUAUUUCAUCCCAACGUAUUGGAAACUCGAAGUUACAGAUCCGUUUAAUAUUGGAUGGGAAAACUUGGAUAAAUAUCCUAUUAUCUAUAUGGAUGGACGUAAUUACUAUGAUCUAGGAGAUGAUCGUCGCGUACCGAUAACUCUGAUACCUGUUGGAAAUGAUGAAAGGUUUGAUGACAAUAUCAACCGAUUUUUUAGUGUCAGGAUUUUAAUGCCAUCUGGCAUGCAACCAGACUUUUCGAAACCAUUUUUCAAAACAGUUGUCAAUGGAUCUGUGAUGGGUGUAGCUUACGCUAUUGUUAACAGUUCUUAUGAUGUUCUUGUAUAUUCUCCGAUGAUUCAUCGAAAUGAUGAUAAUACAGCAUCUUGGAAGUUCGAUCAAACAAAACCAAUCAAGUCCGGACUGUUAGGCAAUCAUAUGAUAGUGUACUUUUCGAUAUCUAAAGCUUAGAAUUUGAAUAAUUGCGAUUUAAUUUCGAUUUUAAUAAAUCAAUUACUAAUGAUUACCAUUUUCAAUAAAUUUGAUAACAAAAUGUAA